UUACUAAAGUACUUCUUAUCUUGCUUUUCCUUUUAGUUCUUCAUCGCGUUUAAAAGUUCAAACGUAACGUAGAAAUCAUGAAAGUAAGUUUAAUAAUUCUAACGUGCUUAACAACAGCAUGGGCAUUUCAGUUCGAGAACUGCGAGACGAGUGUGUUAAGUACAGUAUAUCAUUGGUUGAACUUUGACAUGUACCCGUUACCAGUGAUAUUUCCGGGUGAUCUACACAUGCGUGUUCAUUUGAAAAUCCUGCGAACAUUAUCACAUCCUUUCAUAGAUACCUAUCUCUACAAAGUAGACUCUUUAAGUGGAAAUGUAACCGAAGUCCCAUGCAUUCAAGGAACCUACAUUGGCACAUGCAAAAACAUUGACCUAUGCACACUGAUAGACUAUAGGAACAAUCGUACUGCCUCAACAGACACGCCAAGUUUUGAGGAACAAAUUGAUGAAAUAUUAACAACUCCACUCGGUAGGCAUAACGGGUGUCCUAUAUUAGCCACACCAAGUAUAGAUAAAACAGUUACCAUCAAGCUGCAACCUUUGUCAGAUCUACUGCGCAAAAUAUUACACGGUGAUUACAUGUUAAAGCUAGCCGUCAAGGACAGUACUACGUCUAAAGGAAACAUUGGAUGUAUUAAAUUUAACUUCACUAUAGUGGAUGCACCCAUUCCACCUACUACACCCACUACACCCCCGACUACAACAUUAUCGGGACCACUUCCUCCGCCAGUUGGAUAAGAACAUGUUAUAACAUAAAUGCAAACCAUUAAAUGAUUUAAUGAAACAAAUGAGUUUUAAAACUUAAAUAUCUAUAAAGC